GAAGAAAAAUGGAAAAAGGUAAAGAAGAGAAGAAAUAAUAUAUAAGGAAGGAGGUAAUGGUAGUAAUUAAUUAAGGGAUCUCGUCGCCGUGUUGCCUCCGUCGGAGGAAAACAACAAUCUCCGAUCUAUAAACCAUUCUCACUCUCAAAUCUCUUUCUCUCUUUCACACGCGCGCGUUCACACAUACACGCGAAGCAUAGCAAAGAGUAGAGUUUGUUCUGUCAAGAAUUGAGGAAGGCUCAGGCCCAUGAUAUUUUGAAAUCUCUCUGAAAUAGGAAGACCAUGGGACGAGCUUCACCAUUACUUAUAAUUUUUUUAGUUCUUGGUUCUUCCUUCGCCACUUAUAAUCUGGUAACAAUGAUAAUCCACUAUGGAUCUUCAGAAAGUGUGGCUGUUGAUGAUGGUGCAUUAUUUUUCGACCCCAUUACUGAGAUGCCUGCACAUGUAAAGAAUCGUAAGACAUCUAAAGCACCCUUUCAUGUUGCCUUAACGGCAACUGAUGCUCCAUAUAACAAAUGGCAAUGCCGUAUCAUGUAUUACUGGUAUAAAAAACAAAGGAGUUUACCUGGGUCAGAGAUGGGAGGAUUCACUAGGAUUCUACAUUCUGGAAAUCCUGACAACUUGAUGGAUGAAAUUCCUACUGUUGUGGUUGAUCCCCUUCCAGCAGGUCUAGACCGGGGAUACAUUGUUCUGAAUAGACCAUGGGCCUUUGUUCAGUGGCUGGAAAAGGCUAAAAUAGAGGAAGAAUAUGUGUUAAUGGCAGAGCCUGAUCACAUAUUUUUACGUCCUCUGCCCAAUCUGGCCUAUGGAGGACAUCCAGCUGCAUUUCCAUUUUUUUACAUUAGACCUGAUCAGAAUGAAAAAAUUGUAAGGAAGUUUUAUCCAGAGGAGUAUGGACCAGUUACAAAAGUUGAUCCAAUUGGCAAUUCUCCUGUAAUUAUCAGAAAGGAUUUGAUCACAAAAAUUGCUCCCACGUGGAUGAAUAUUUCUUUGAAGAUGAAAGAAGACCCAGAGACUGAUAAAUCUUUUGGCUGGGUGCUAGAAAUGUAUGCUUAUGCUGUUGCAUCUGCCCUGCAUGGUGUGAGGCAUAUUCUGCGGAAAGACUUCAUGCUACAGCCCCCAUGGGACCUUGAAACUAACAAUAAGUAUAUACUUCAUUAUACUUAUGGUUGUGACUACAAUCUAAAGGGAGAAUUGACUUAUGGCAAAAUUGGUGAGUGGAGAUUUGACAAAAGGUCACAUCUAGGAGGACCUCCACCUAAAAACUUGCCCUUGCCCCCACCAGGGGUUCCUGAAAGUGUGGUGACCCUUGUAAAGAUGGUGAACGAGGCUACUGCUAACAUCCCCAAUUGGGACACGUCGUAAAUAUUAUUUUCGCUUCAUCAUGAUAUUCAAAGUGCAUGUUUUGAAAGAGAAAAAAAAGAAAGUAGAGACAUUGUGACAUAAUUUUGUCUUGAGUUUAGUCAUAGAAUCAUAGAUUAAUGUACACUAUACAUAUGCAAGUUAAAUGGAGGAUAAUCCUGAAUUUUCCCUUGUUGGUGUCUUGGUGAUAUUCUUGAAUGAUAUUUGUGCUCGUGCCACAAUGUCAGAUAAUCUGUUCAAUAAGU